GUUAGAAUCACAGCAGCCAAGCAGAAGCAACUACCACGGCAGCAAUGGCUGCUUUCCGCAGAGUGGCAGCACUGGCCGGAAAGCUCAACCUCUGGUCGGCGGUACGAAACGAGCUGGUCGGUGGUCAGAUGGGCAAUGGAAGAAAUACUCGGAGAUGUCUGGCAGCCGGGAUGUGCGUUGCAAUGGGAGGCGCUGUACUUUACUUCUACAACGGUAUAAUAAGCGGCGGAGGCAGGAAGAGGAUGAGGAGGCACAGCAUCCACGGUUUGCUCCCGUCCAUCCCGACUGUUGAAGCCAAAGAGAAGGGACGUCCCUUUGACUUUGAGGAUGGAGAUGUGUACAUGUCUUCCCAUGAACAUCGUUUCCGCAUGUUCAGCUCUGUGGAGUAUGAAGGACAGCUAUACAUGACCCCACAAAACUUCAUCGAGUCAGUUACCAUGAGUGAACCAAGAAACAAGAGGCCCUGGAGGUCCCUGACCAAACAGGAGCUGGAGAAGAUCCUAUCAGACACUCCUCCCGUGUGGAGAGGAUCCUCCAAACUGUUCCGCAACCUGAGAGAACGAGGCAUCAUCUCAUACACAGAGUACCUGUUCCUGCUCUGCAUCCUGACAAAGCCUCAUGCUGGCUUUAAGAUUGCUUUCAAUAUGUUUGAUGCAGACGGCAACCAGAUGGUGGAUAAGAGAGAGUUCCUGGUGCUUCAGGAGAUCUUCAGGAAGAAAAAUGAAAAGAAAGGAAGGAAAGGAGAUGCUGAGAAGUCAGCACAGUUGAGUAUGCAGCUGUAUGGAUAUCAGGUUGCCCCCAUGAACAGCGUGCUAAAAAAAGACAGUCAGGAGUUUGUGGCGCGGAGUUACUGGGACGUUUUGAGGCGAAGUGCCAGUCAAGUCCUCUUUUCUGACCUGGCGGAGCGAGCGGAUGAUAGCAUCACAAUUGAUACCACCCUACUCGUCCAUUUCUUUGGGAAGAAAGGGAAGGCAGAGCUUACCUUUGAUGACUUCUACAGAUUUAUGGAUAACCUCCAAACAGAGGUGCUGGAAAUUGAGUUCCUGACCUACUCCAAAGGGAUGACCACCAUCAGCGAAGAAGACUUUGCUAAAAUCCUGCUGCGCUUCACCAACGUGGAGAACAUCAGCGCCUAUCUGGAGAAUGUCCGCCAGUGUAUACCUGAUGAAAAGGGAAUCACCUUUGAUGAGUUCAGAUCCUUCUUCCAGUUUCUCAACAACCUCGAAGACUUUGCCAUUGCCAUGCAGAUGUACAAUUUUGCUGCACGCUCCAUCGGACAAGACGAGUUUGCCAGAGCGGUGUACGUGGCCACAGGGCUCAAGCUGACACGUCACCUUGUAAACACCAUCUUUAAGAUCUUUGAUGUUGAUCACGAUGACCAGCUCUCCUACAAGGAGUUCAUUGGUAUCAUGAAGGAUCGGCUGCACAGGGGAGCCAGGGGCUAUAAAGCUGUGGAGCGCGCUACCUCCUUCAGGUCCUGUCUGAAAAAGGAGCUGGCAAGCAGCAGGUGAAGGGCCAACAUCACGCCUCCUUCUCCAGCUGUGUUCGCUCCAAGGCCAGAAGACAGGUGCACCAGCUGUGGAGAAGGUACAAGGAGCUGUAGAGGGUGGAAGAAAUCCGACGGCGCUCCGACAUUAAUUAAUCAGCUGCCCGAGGAGCCAGCAUUUGUGGAGUAGAUCUCCCGUCGACCUUCAGAGUGUACAUAUGUGAUAACUGCAAGCAUGAUCGCACAAAUCUGACUGAUUCUUGCUGUGAUGAUAAUAAGCAAUGUCAUUCCUUUUUUGGUUGCCCUGUUUCCAGUCAUCCAUCUUAACCUGAUUUACAUGUAGCUAGUUGCUGUUAGAUUCUAUGUCUUCUUCUUCUUCUUCUUUUAAAUAAGCAGGGAAAAGCUUAUUUAAAACCAAACCUGAACCUAAAAAAAUAACUAAAAUCGACAGUUCCACCACUCAAAUGGCUUUAUUUACUUUAAUGAUUACAUUUCUUUAAAAAAAAAUGUUUUAAAUAAAGAUUUAUUAGUUCAACUGUAGCACUACAAUCUGUAAGAGCACAAGACUCAUUCAGUUAUAGGGGAUCAAAGUAGCACCCACAUAAAAUUGAGAACAGUAAUAUAAAAACUGCACAUUACUGGAACUAUAAUUAAAUGAAUGUGUUGUGGGUAUGUAUCUUCCUCAAAUCAUUUAUAUAAUAUUGAGUUGUGAUUCCAUAUAACCCCUUGCUUUUUGUUGCACUAAACAGUAUAACCACACACUACUGUUACAGUUAGGAAUGCUUUAUUAUCCUAAUACUGUAGGACAUCUUUGUCCUGGAUAUGAAUGAAACAUGAAAAAAGAGAUUUUUUUCUUUCUAUAUUUUAACAGGCUGACUCUUUUGCCUAUUUUAUGUUUCCCAGUUGCAUGUGUGACAUAAAGUAGAUCUCCACAUAGGUGCCUUUGACCUAUCCCAAAGGAAAGGUGAUUUCCUUUUAACUGCAAAAGCGAAACGUGUAUUAAUAAUGUCUUGGCAUGACAUAUGGCUCCUAAUUUAAAUAUAGGAAACUGAAACACGAUGUUGAAUUGUCAUAAUGUUAUGUAAAUUAUUCUAAUAUUUACAACGAUCAUGUAUUCGUCACAAGUGUGUUUGUUCAUGCACGAAUAAACUAUUUUAAGAAAACA